AUGCGGUUCCGUACCCAAUUAAAAAAUACCAGGACCUUCUUCAAAUUAACGGCCUCACUGUCGUCACUGGGCAAAGUAUGCUGGAUGCGCCUAGAAUACAACGUGGUCCGCUUCACCGUUAUUCCAGACCAAGGCACCCAAGUGUGGGCACAGAUACCCGUUGACACCAUCUUCGAGGAAUCCUCAUACCAAUUAGAAUCUAACUCGGAUGCCAUCAACAUCGAGAUUAACAUCAGCUUGUUAAAUCGUGCACUCCGAUCAACAUUCGGCGCGUCAUCCUCGCAGCUGCGGCUGACCAAGAAGGACAAGGUGCCCCUGCUAGCACUAACGGUACUCACUACCGAAUGGACCGAGGGCAACAUGGCACUUGCCACCAAUGAGGCAACCCCGCAACCCCCCGCAUCAGGCCCAACAGCCCAAAACGAAGUAGUCGGUGACCGGGGAGCGCGAGAGCGUGAGACCUGGGUCACACAAGAAGUCCCAAUCAAGAUUCUGCAUGAAGACGUUGUGGAAAGCCUGCACGAGCCGCACUGCCCCGAUCCAGACGUGCACAUCAUCUUACCCAACCUGAUGCAGCUGAAAGGCAUCUCAGAUCGAUUCACCAAACUAGCCUCUUCAGACAGCAAGGGACGACAGCCGGGAAUAGUGGCCGCAGAUCAAGCAACCUCUACCACCGGCGCCACGGCGCUUUCUACCAACAUAGCGCCGAAACUAGAGCUGUCGGCCAAUAUGCAUGGUAAACUACGCCUCGCCAUUGCGACGGACGAGUUGCGUAUUGCGAGCGUAUGGUCCGGGCUGGUGAACCCGCCUCUAGACCCUGCUCAUAUCACGCAGGACCAGUAUUCACAGUUACCCAGUGAGCGGAUGCGCGAGGCAGGAGACGAUGAUGAGGCUGGGUGGGCGAAAGUGAGGAUUGAUGGGAAAGACUGGAGUCGUGUGUUGAGUGUGGGAAGGCUGAGUCCAAAGGUCGUUGCUUGCUUUAUCAACGAAACAGCACUCGUUCUCUAUGUCUACCUGCCAGGCAGUUGGAAUGGCGAAGAAUCUUGUCUCACUUACUACAUUAAUUCUUUUACUACGUGA